AUGGUUUCACCUUCAAAAGCGAAACUUUCCAAGAUCGCCGGUCAACAGCAGCAGCAACAGGAACAGCAACAGUCUUCAGCUCAGUCGUCGCAGAAGAAACCGGGCCAAGAGGUUCAGCUGGUGAAGGGUCCCAAACCACUGGUACUUCAUCGGUUCUAUUUGGACGUUGAGCAGCAUCCCGUAGCAGCGAAGAUCGAAUCCACGAUAAAAGAGCUUGGAGGUUCGGUGGAGUUUUUCCUCAAUAAGGAUAUAACUCAUUUCAUAACCGACAAGCUCCCACCGGGUGGAAAACUCCCACCCACAACCGCCGUUGCUGCCGAGACUGGCGACCGGAAAGAUCACCCAACAGCAUCACCCGGCGUUACUCGACGACCCCUCUCGAUUGCGUCCCCUGCCGGAACCACACAGGACACCACACCGCUAUCGAGCUAUCGGGGUUCGCGGGACUUGCGACUUAACUCGCGUCAACUUCUUCAUCUGACGCAGCAGCAACCCACCUACGGUCAAUAUGUAAAUGAUUACGGACCGGCGACCAGUCGUACAUCGUCACCAUGUCCACCACCGAUAACAGCAGCAGCAGCAGCAGCACCGUCCUCAUCUACGGCAACAUGCUUGGCCUCCACCGCAGCAGCAUCCUUGCAGCAGCAGGCGGUGGGGGUGGCAGGCCCAUCCUCGAACAGCGCAACAUCCGUAGGGUUUGAUGGAAAGGUUAAAUCAAUCCAAUCAUCCAUCAACAGUCUGCCGACGGCAGGAAUUCCACGCAGCCGUGCAGAUGCUAUGCUACAGCGCGUUCGUCAGCAGCAACAGCAGCAGCAACACCCGCAUCAACAUCAACAGGCAUCUUACCAUUUGCUCCACUCGUCACCACUGAAUCCUCCAUGCGGAACCACACCGACAAAACUCGGUACGCCUCCGUCCUUUCACUCGUCCUCGCAUCACAAACAGCAACCCAGUCCGUGCUAUAGUCCUGCACCGGUGGAUGGAACACCCGCUGGAUUAACCCGGGUAGCCCCAGCACGCCAGAACAGUCCGGUACAGCUAGUCCGGUCCUGGGGUACGCUAAUCUGGAGUGCGGAAUAUGCGCUUAAAUUCCUGCGCGAGGUGCUCGGUACGCUGCCGAAUGAGAACGGUUCGAAGCGCAGCACAAGGACAACGGACGGCGGUAGUGGAAAGCCUGUAGAAACCGGCAGUCGGCAACAUCGGCAUCACCGGUCACACCAUCACCAAUCGCACAGGACCUCCUCGGCACCGCACGUGCACCAUCUGCGCGCGCCAUUUAUAAAAGUCGAAUGCCUUUCGGCACCGGGCAGCUAUCGGCCUUUUUAUCAAGAGUUUAAACAGUGGCCGGUGUUGUUGCACAGCGCCAAGGACUACAACGUCCGAAAGGCACCGUUUGCCGAUGCGAAUGAACUUCCAGUGGAGCGGAAAGCGCGCGAUGAACCACCCGUUUCCGGUCGCAAGGACAACGUAACAGCGACGGGUGGUUGUGGUGUCGGCGGGGAUAGCAAAAGCAGUAGUAGAAUGACGAGAAAGCUGUCCACCGCGACGACAGGUACCACGCGAACCGCUACGACGACAGGAAAAAGUGGCGAAACGACGUCGUUGAAGAAGCGACAGCAACAGGUCUCGGAAAAACCUCCGGUGGUGCCGCCCAGGGACUGCGGGUACUGUGAGAUCUGCCGGAUCGAGUACGACAGCCUGGCGGUGCAUUUGCAAUCGGAAAGCCACCAGUCGUUCGUGAAUAACGACGACAAUUAUCUGUCGCUGAAUCGCCUGCUCAGCUCCAUUGGAGGCAGGGUUGACGACGAGGAUUUUGUGCUGGCGAAGGGGUUUGGUGCGGUUGAUGUUGAUGCUGUUGCUGCGAAGGACGGCGUCGAGCUGGAGGACUGCUAUCCACAGCUUCCGGUGAACACGGCUCGAACCUGCCGGCCGGCGACUGGAGAAAAGAAGGAGGAUGAUGAUGAUGAUGAUGGCGGAGGCGUGGCGGGAAGUAUAGCGCUGAAACGGACGCGCGAGGAACACCGGAAGGAGAAGCAGGAGGACGAGGACGAGGACGAGCCACGAGGGAAAACAUCAUCAACAACAACGGUGGCGGUGGCGGUGACGACGACGACAACGGCCGCCGCUGACAAACAGAUCGAAAAAAACUCGAUCGAAGGUAGCAUUAAGGACGAACGCGAAUCGAAGGAGACUCAACUGCGCCCGACGCAAGGGAAACAAGAGACCGCGAAAGAGGAAGUAGAAAAAGACGAAGUAUCAAGCAAGAAAGUGAGUGGGAAAAUUGUGAGAAAAACGCAAGCUUCCGUUGCAGGUGGGGGUGGUGUAAACGAUCGUGAACAGUGCGAAAGGAAGCACCGAAACGUUUCGUUGUUUAGCGGCAGUGACGAAGUGGAAUACGGUGCCGGGGACGAUAGUCGCGUGUGUGGAAAUACUACGCAGGAGCUGAUAAAUAUCGCGAUUGAAAAGGUUAUAGCGUCCUUUGGCAAUAGUGAUGGGAGUGAUUGUUUAGCGAACGGAGACACGAGUGGUGUGUUUGAAGCCGAUAAACCGGCAAAACAUUGUGCUACGAAGCGGGGCAACGUCGAGGAACAUUCGGCGGGGAAACCUCCCCGAAGGACAGACGGGGUAAACCUGCCCGGCGGAGGUGUUGCUAAAGGUGAUAGUAAUAAGAGCGCUGCCAAUAUUAGUAGUUUAGUGGGUGAGACCAGCAAGUGUGUGUCAUUCGAGGAGCAGAAAGGGAAUUCGAAGCAAGCAAAAGCGAAAAGGACGAGUGGUAGGAACAGAGCGGAAAAGCAACAGGAGGAGGUGUUGUCUGCGCAAGGUGAUCGAAAAAGCGGCCGAUCGGCAACGAGUGCCGGAACGUGUACAGAUAAUUCAAACCGUGAAGCGGUAGAGUCGCACGAACCAAACGAGGAGGAAGCGAGUUGGGAAGGAAUGUUUGGGCGACGAUCAGCAAUUCAUCAUCAUCCGCAUAAUCAACUGAACCAUCAUAACCAUCAGAAGCACAAAUCAACCCUAAACGCACUAUUGCUCAAGCAACGGGAGCGCGAGCGUGAGCUGCAGCACGAGUUGUCGUCCCAAGGGGCCACCGUUCGGGACCAGCGACGGUGGGAGGAGAUCGAAGCGCAGAGCGGUAGCGUCGGGAUCGCUGACCAUGCUGCCGGGAUGAAAGUGAUCACCGAUUUUCGCAAGGAGCACGCCGAAGACGAGCUGGUGGUCGCGGACAAAUCGGUCGUGUUGGCAGUUCCGGCUUCACCGACAGCCAGUAUUGAGGACGACAGGGAACAGGAGAUCGGUUUAUUGGGAGAAAAGUCUGACACGACGAUCGUGGCCCCGGUGACGCCGCGUACCACCGCCGGGGGAAAUCGGCGAAGACGUCGUGGCGGUUUGUCGGUUAGAAGCGUGAACGAGCACCACAAGAAGCCGGAAGAGGUGGAACCAACGGGAACAGCGAUGGGACUGAAGGCAUCAACGAUCGCUAUGAACAGCAAGCAUCAUCAUCAUCACCACCAUCACCAUCAUCAUCAUGUGCAGCACCAUCUUACGGAUGGAUCGGGCGGCGGAGUCGGCAGUGGUGGUGGUGGCGGUGGAACAAAAACACGUCACGCCGCCGAACUGGCCGCAUCCUUGCUGGAGUGUGACGGGUUGGAUCCGAAGAACACGAAACGGAUCAGUCUGGGGUUGCGACAGAACCCGAAGCGGGCGAAUUUGAACGAGGACUUCACGAGUCUGCUGGAUGAAACGCUCGAACGGUCAAAAUCGUCCUCCGUGCCAUCCACGGCCCGGCGUGCCCAAUCUCGUAUACGGCAGCAGCUCGGCAAGGGACCGGGAAGUAGAGGCGGUGAAGUGAAGGACCUUCCGGCGAAACAGAGAGGUGAUGAUGAGCAACAACGCAUUCGUGGCUGUGAGGAGGAAGCGGAAGAACGAAGAAAGCAUCACACAACGGCGACUGGCGGGGCUAAAAAAUCUGCCGCCCUCGAAGGCAUAAAAGUGCGUGGAAUACGAUGGAGGGCUCCCAGUCCCACGACGAGGCCACCGGUGAAGUCUCCUCUGCUGUACCAGGUAAUCGAUCAGCCAAGGGAAGACGCAAUCCCUUCGUGCGGCGGUUCCGUUGCUCAUGGUGAGCAAAAUGUCCGGUCUGGGGCGGCUUCGACGUCGCGAAAGGAGUCCUUAGGUAUCCACAACACCGAUCACACGACGACCAUAUCUCCCGGUGGUCAGGCACGAUCAUCCAAAGCCUCGUCCGUAAAACCCGCCAGUGGUUCGCCGGUUAAAAAGAACGGACUCAUCGUAAAGAUCCGGCGCGUUCGGCAAUCGGAACUGAGCCUGCUGAACGAUGAGGCGGAGAACUUUAUGUUCCCGCGAAAGGACGAUAGCAGCUCGGAAGCGGACACCGAUGAGGAUCGGCAGACGUCUUCGGAGGGUUUCCGUGACCAUGAUGCCAUCGGUGGCAGCAAUAACUAUUCCAUUGAUCUGCGGAGUAGUAGUGAAGCUGAUCGAAUCACCAUGGCGCAUGGAAGGGAGGAAGAACGCAGUAACGAGCACAGGAUUGUCGAGCCCUCCGAUGACGAAGACGACGACGACGUGACUGUGAAGGAUGUCGACCAGCUAGGUGUUGUAAGAAAGAGAGCGGCCGGUGCUAGUCGAAAACGCAAGCGAACGGUAUCAGGGAACGUUACCACCCGUGCACCAUCCUUGGAGAGUAGUGAUCCUUUGUCGUCCUCCCCGUCGUCGCCGGUAAAACAUUCCUCGGCAGCUUUGAUACCACCUUCGCUUGCUAAACGUCCUCGCUUUGAGAUGAAACCGUCAACAUUGAGCAGUUCGUCUCGUCGUAGAACACAGCAAACGGCCGAUUUUGAAAAGUGCCAGGAUCCCUCCGGUGAGGGGAUGCGAUUUCCAGAGGCCCCCAUCCAGCCAAACCCAGUAGCAGCAGCAGCAGCAGGAUCGACACCGUCUUCCAUCGAUAGGACACGGCGCCACCGAAGUUCGUCGAGCGUACUGGAAGAGGACGACCGUGCCGUCGUGACUGCGGACGAUGAUCAAGUAGAUGCAGAAAAAGUGGUUGAUGACGAUGAUGAAGAAAAAGAGGAAGAAGAGAGUCGAUUUGGUGAGCGACGUGGGAAGAGUAUAGCGGGCAGACGUGGGCGCGGUCGGCAAAGGAAAGCCACAAGGGAAGACGCGACGACGACGACGACGACUCUGGUGAGAAAAUGUACCGGAGCAUGCGGUGCUAGCUCUGUUGCAACCCGGGGUGCACGUGGUCGUGGAGGUGCUUCCGGUCGCCGAGGUCGACGUGGACGUGGUGCUGUCGGUCAACGUGGCAGACGUGGAGCAGGUGCCCGAGUGGCUUCAUCCGGUAUAUCCUGCACAUGCCACCUACUGGACGCUUCCCGUAUGCCACCUCCACCGGCAGGUGGUACUAGCAGACGGCGCACCCUCGAUACCGACGUCUCAUCCAACGACUCGAGCAUCGAUUCCACUUUAACCUCGCAACGGAAGCUAGGAACGCGUGCUUCGAAAACGAAAACGACGCCUCCGUCUGGUGGGGGCGCUCAAUCGUCGUCACAGGCGGCAUCCUUUGUCACAUCAUCGCCACCGAAUGGCGGCAUCGCGGCCAGCAGUACGUGCGGCAGCUACAGUAAGGGCAAGGAGGAUGGGAUGGGGGCAGUAUUCAAAUGGAUCAACUUUCGCAAGCGCUGUAAAGAGAUUGAACCGUAUCGGUUCGCCUUCGAGCGAGUACCAUCGCUGGAACCAUGGUACGAAACCUUCCAGCGACAGGAUGAUGGCACGGAAAAGGUUUACGAAUAUUUCGGUAGCACCGGUUACCGGAAACUUCCUUACGAAAUGGGACCUUUGCCGGCUCUUGGCCAAAAUUGUUGUAUACUGAACUACAAAGUUAUUGCUAGCCGCAAAUCGAACCGAACCAACUCACUGCAAUCGACGUCAUCGGCCUCGAUGGAGCCACCGUCUCCGAGUGGCAAAAGGACCGGUUCACGCCCGGGUUCGGCUGAUUUGCAAGGCUACGGUAGCACGACAGCAGCGUCCGGAGCAGGAGUCGAUACGGAAACGAAAAAAUCAUCUCCUACGUCGUCUUUGUCCACGCUACCGUUGAAGAAGCGUAAGCUGCUAUUGCAGGACGCGGCUGCUGGUGGAGUUGGUGAUACUUCGACCGCCGGUGGGACCAGCGGUGUCGACGGUAGCGGGCAUGGAGAGCGUAGUGGCCACAGCAGCCGGAUAGCGAGACUGAUUGCUGGUGGAAGCGAUCGACCGCGAAAAUCUCCCCGUGAGCACGCGUCCACCUUGGCCAUCCUUAGUCUCCUCCAGCAGCAGCAACACCGGAAACGGGCGGGUACUAUCAAGAUUCUUACUAGCCCGAAGAAAGCAACCUCGGCGUCGGCAACACAAACGACGACGCUCCAGGAACAGCUCCUGCAUCAGGACGCUGACAGUAAUGACGAACUGAGUCGGUCGUGCUCUCGGGCAAGCGAACGUGGUGGCUCGAGAGCGGGCUCGUCGACCGGUGGAAUCAAGUUUGAAAGACCCCACUUUCCCGACAGUGACUACGUCAAUAGUCGGACUUUGUGCCAAGAGUUGGAUGACUUCUUGUCCGACGAACUGAAACGAGUGAUAGGAGUAACGUACCCCCCGAGCUCGGACUGCAAGCCGACCACGUCGCUAGCUGCCAUUGUAAAAGAGGAACAGCUAGAUAUUGUAGAAUCGCAAGAUGCGUCCAAGCAGGAAGGUCUACAUGCCAUCUUGCCGACGUCUAAGACUUGCGCUGAGGCUAGCAAACAGCAUCCUUUCAUCCAUCGAUCGGAGGACGAUUUGUUGCUCGAGUAUGAUGAAGAAAUAGCUCUCCCACCGUCGGUCGCGCGCGAAGGGAUUGCAAUUGAGAGCGGCGGUUUACCUAUCAGCAAGCGUGAUCUGUUGGAUGUGUUACAAACGGUUGGCACGGAACCCCCGCUCAGUCUAAAGCUCGUUCAGCGAUGUGAAUCGGUGGUGAAGAAGGUCGUGCAGUACGAUAAAAAGCAACGUUCUAUGCUUGCUACCGGUGCUGGGUCAGGACUCGCCAUAUCGUCCUCUUCGCCCGUGAUCGGUCUGCAGCUGUUUGACAGCAGCUCUAGCCUAGCUGCGUGCGGUGGAGCAGUAGGGGUACCCGGUGGUAUCGGAGGUGUCGGUGGCUCGUUCCUUAAAAAGCGAAUAAAUCGUACGGGUUGGCCGACGAAUAAGCGCAAAAUCGGUACCCGGACGAGACAGCAGGCCAGAUUCAUGGUACCUACUUCGGUGAUGGCAGCGAAGAAAUCCCUAUCCAGAGAAUCGCUGAAGCAAGAAAAGCAGGAACCGGACGAUGAAGAAGAUGAAGGCGAACAAGGACAGCAAAAGAAAACUAUAAGCAGUACACCACAACGGCGUUGUGUACCGGAACAGCAGCAUGACAAUGACGAAGAUGAAGACGAUGAGCAUGAUGACGACGAGGACGAUAAUGACGAAGAAGAUGAAGUUGACGAUGAAGAAGUAGGUGAUGAGGACGAUGGGGAGGAUGAAGGUAGCGAUCAUGAAGGCCCCACCAAAAAGGAGAACGAAGAAGAUGAUACACAGACACGUAGACUAACGAGUACAGUUCGUCCUGCUGCAAGUUUGCAUAAGAAAAUCAUUGCACGAAGAGCAGCGAAAUCUGCAGUGGCGUGUCGUGGAAAGUCUGACGAUGUUCUGCAAAAGGAAGAUCUUGAGGUGUCAGAAGAGGAACAACAACUAGAGCACCAUAAAUCGGACCGAACACCUCCAGAGCGAAGACGGAGAAAGCGAUCAUCUGUAAAGCAUCAUGAAGUACAAACACCAGCAUUUUCUAAAAGCCGAAGGAACCACAAAAUCAUCAGCGAUGAAGCUACGGAGGAGGAAGAAGAACCUAACAACGACAGCGUUGGCGAGCAGAUUGUGGAACGAACAAAUGCGGCAGUUGCUGAGGAUAAACUUCAUCAGCCCGCAAAGGAAAAGAAGGAAGACAAAGGACAAACCUCACUCUUUUUCAAUUCCAUGCCGACAUUACGCGCCGCUCUUAUGAGGGACAACAGUCAGCUACAGCGACAACUGAGUACUCCGCUUUUGCACCCCUCGUCUUUGAAGGCCAUCGGAGGGAUCGGCUGUGACCCUUCGGAGUCCUCCACACGGCCUUCCUUGUUACCGCCUGGCAGUCUAAAUCGCGGAACGAUUCCAAACGCUUCGAGAACCGCAGCUGCGAUGGGCUGUGGUGGUAUUCUAUGUCCUAUGACUACUUCUAGUUCUUCCGGUUCUGGUCCGAUAAUGGGUGCCAAUUGUUGUAAGUACGUGACGAAAACGACUACCACUAUGACGCGUGUGGAUUACGAUGGCGUAAAUGCCAACAGCAGUGUGUCGCCUGUUGGUGAGGAUGAUGAGAAGGAAGGCAAUCGACAGAGGACGGCUGGCUACUCCCUGGCCGGUUCGGAACUGUCGAGACAAGAAGACUCGUCUCAAAAUCGUACGAAUCGUCACCGAGGAUUGGUGAACGAAGAUGACGAUAAGGAGUGCGAUUCUAUCAGCUCUCGGAGCAUCUUUGUCAGCGAUGACUGUGAUACAACCUCUUCGUCUACUGCUAUAAACGCUCCAGACGAUAGGCCUCCCUCGACUGGCGAAUUGCCGCCGUCUUCUUUAACUCAGCCUCACCUCCUACAGCCAAGCGAUCCUGCUUUUCCGACGGUAUCGUCCUCUGUUGUCGUUUCAUCAUCAACAGCAUCGAAAGACACACCGAAUCGAUACAAUGCUCGGGGACGACGGAAGGACAGUUCCGAGAACGACGAAACCGCUCAGGACGAAGAGGCAAACAAUCGAAGGAUACCAAGUUUACCUGUGGUUGGCAAAUCCACCAAAGCGCCGAGAACGCCGAGCGAAAGGAUACGGAACAAGAUGGUGAAGAACCGUCGAGUGGCUCUGCGUAUGGUAGGGCUUCAAAUGGCGUCAACGGCAAAGAGCACCAUGCCCGAUGCGAACAAAACAACAAAUCACCGUAGUGUACAAAUCACGGUCUCUCCGUCGAGGCGUCGGAAAUCGUCUUCUUUAGGACCACCACUACCACCGCCGUCAAUGAUGCCGCUUUCCCCGCCAUUAACAACAUCAACUUCGUCGUCCUCGUCGUCAUCGUAUGGCGCGGAUGACAAACCAAUGUCACCUGGUGCUGUGAAACCUGUGCAGCAUAAAUCUCCCGAAAACGACGACGAAGAGGAGGAAGCGCACGACGAGGAGCUAAUAUCUAUUCAGCGGUUUGGUAAGCAGCAUUCGUCUAGUGCCAAUAGUAAAGGACAGACCAUUGUAGGGACUCUUACGCCAUCAAAGAUCAAAACUCGUUCUUCGACGUUCGGUUGUUCGCCCGUGAGGCGCACCUAUGGUGGAGUAAAACUUUCGAAUAAAAAAAUACCCUACGUCAGCCUGGUGAAGGCGAGCAUCCUUCCUGCGGGAGAUACCGUUGUCGUUUCGUCGCCCGCCUCAUCGCCGAUUAAUUCGGCGAUUUCGAAUAGUGCGCUGGACAAGAAAGGCAUUUGCAGCAGCAGCAGUAACAGCAGUAGCAGCAGCACCAGCAAUCGAAAUCGCCGAAGGGGACAAGUGGGAAGAAAACCGACGAAAUCACGUACCGUCAACACCAGCCGAUCAGCAUCUACGGGUAAGAAAAAGGUGCUGGCGAAUAAACUGCAAUGUUCGUCAGAAAUAACGAGAAAGAAGAAGCAUAUAGCUAGCGAGUUAGCACCACCUGCAUACACGGAGGAAAAACAGACAAACACUGGAAAAAGGAGCAAAAAGCUUUCUCAGCUAUCUUCAGCAGCUAACAGUCGGGUACAGUUGGCGGCAAGGAUGAAGAUUGUUCGCCAAAAACGACGACAGAAGGCGAUGGUCGAUGAUGCAGACUAUCGGUUCAGUAGCGCAGCGCUAAAUGAAGCCAGCACCGAAGAAGAUAAGCGGCUGGAUAUUGAAGAACAUAAUCCAAACCAUCUGCAGCUCCAGCCCCUGGAGGAUAACCAAGACCGCGUGCUGGUUGAGGAGCAUCUGAUAGAGGUAGAGGAGAGAGAUCAUGGACUUGUAGAGGAUGUGGAAGAAAUUACCAUCGACCAUGGACGGGAAGACACGCUAGAUGGCGGAGAAGAAGAGCACAUCGAAAUUCUCGAAAUGAUGGAAAUGGACGAGGAAGAGAUGGGCGAAGAAGAGGAACUCGCCGGGGAGGCAACCGCUUCCGAGCAAGACGCCGUGGAAGAUGACGAAGAAGAUGAUGCUUUCCUGACGGGUGAGGACGAAGUGGAACAAGAGCGCCAGGAAGAAGUGGAACGAAAGCUGGUAAUGGCGGAUCAUGACUACAGCGAUCAGCACGUGGAUCCCGCUCUGGCUGGGACGGAGUUUGUAGAAAUGGAAGAGCUGGAGGAGGACGACCUAGAAGAAGCAACGGAUGAUACCGGAGGCGAGGAGGAAGAGGAUUCUGAAGAUGAUAACGGUGAUAAUGAGGACGAGGUAGCUUACGAUCAUCAGAACCGCAAGUCGCAGGUAUCUGUUGUCGUAUCCCAGCAGACGGUGAGUUUCCCGAAGCAAUCCCUCAAAAUGUCCUUUCCUUCAUCGGUAAAUUCGGCGCCCACAACGUCAACAACGAGUAAUUCGACUUCCUCGCCUACAAAGUAUAGUCCACGUAAGCUUCGGAAACCUCGAGGUCGGUGGUAUCGAGAGCGAUGAAUGGUAGCAACUACAGCAGAAGCAGCAGCUAACCACCGAUCGCGUCUCAUCAUGCCUGUGUAAGAUAUUUACAAACCAUGAACCAUGAAAUUUUGCCGACUGCCAGUCUCCCUUCGAUAUGAGGCUCCCCGAAAAAAAGUAGUCAGCACUACUGUUGAUGGCUUUAUUAGAUUUCGAUCUUGUUUUUGUUAUGUGCUUCUGUCUUGAGUUCAGUGUUUUGAGCCUUUUUCUGUUCGUGUUUCUAUUGAAGUACUCGCUAAGUACCGGUAAAAGGAAUCAUCAUCCCCAAUCUCGGGUUUGGAUGGCGUUCAUGUGUAUCGUUAAAUUAUCAUUAAUAUUAUUAUCAACAUUGCAGUAAUUGUUUUCUUCUGUUUUACGAACCAUUUAUUAACUUUCUAAAGCUAAAUUUCUGUUUGUCCCGUCCUGUGUAAAUUUCAAAUUUUAACUUGUUGAACUGCUAGCGUGGUUUAUAAUGUAGAAACGCAUACCAGACACAACAUGUUGGGGAGGCUCAAGAAGUACUGAUAGGAAGAAAAAUUUGCAUCCAUAGGGAUUAUUGGGUUCAUGGAUUGUGAUGGUGAGAAUGAGGUAUAUAACAAAUAUCAUGUGUACAGCAGGGCAAGAUUAGUUAGAUUAUGCAUCAUCCAUCAUCAAGUACGGUGAGUUUGUCUUUGGCACUAAAAGAACGAGAGCGUUAAGAAGGAUAGAAGAUGGAGAAAGGAUAGUUGACAUGGGAAUGUAAAAUCCUCCUCAUCAAUCCUCAUUCUAAAAUGAAACAUGGUAUGGUAAAAAGGCAGACGUAUAGUUGUGUAAGUGUUAAGAGACAGAACUGAGCAAAAGAAGGAAAAGUACCGUAGCAGAGUACGCUCGAAGGGAAAGUAUGUCAAAUGAAGAUGAAAAUAUGACAAGAAAAGUACAUGCUUUGUUUCGUUUUUUUUUGUUUUCCAUUUUUUUUUCACCAUGUAGUAUUU